CCGCGCGGCCCACGGCCUGCUCCUUCUUUGCGGGGCCCCUUCUCUCUCUGUAUGUAAUCGUUCAUGAUUCCUCAGCUUGAUUUCGGACUCACUUGCUGGGUUGCGAGGUGCGCUUGAAUGGACUUGGAGCCGCCGAUCACAUUGUUUCGAGUCAUGGCGGUGUGCUGGUGGUGUGAGAGUGUGGUGGAGAGGGGAGGGGAUGUGGUGGAGAGAGUGGUAGUGGGAGCAGGAGUCAUGGAUUAGCGAUGAAGCAGCAGGUUGCCUAGAGAAUGAAGCAGCGAGGAGAUUUGGGUUCCACUGCGAUUAGGGGUGCGCCCAUUCGGCGGAGUGUUCGUGGGUUAGUGCUUUAGAGUUGGGUCGUCUGUUUUGAGGGCGGAUGAGUUGGGUGUUGUUGUUUUUUUGGAGCGAAUGGACGAUUCGAUGAAAUAGGUUGCGUGAAUGAGCUCGUGAGCGGAGGGAUGCUUCAUUCUCUAGGUUACUCUGCUUGCAUUUGUGUGUGUUUAUGUAUUUUCUGGGGUUGCGUGGUGAGUGUACUUGGGGUUUUAGAAGGAUUCUAGUCGAUGACAGAGUGACGAGAGAUGGAGAACUACGAGAAGAUAGAGAAGAUUGGGGAGGGAAUGUAUGGGAAAGUGUAUAAGGCCUGGGAUAAGAGGACAGGAGCGAUGGUGGCGCUGAAAAAGAAUAAGAUAGAGAACGAGAAGGAGGGUAUUCCUGCCACGACGUUGCGAGAAGUAUCUCUCUUGCAAGUGCUCUCUACGUGCAUCUACUUCGUUCGAUUAUUGAGUGUGGAGAAUUCGCACAAGAAUGGAAAGACAUCGUUGUUCAUGGUUUUCGAGUACAUUGAUACAGACCUGAGAAGGUUUAUGGAUUUAUCUUGGCCAGGCCCUGACAACCCGCUUCCUCAAAACACCAUCAAAAGCUUCAUGUUCCAAUUGCUGAAAGGAGUUGCUCAUUGCCACAGCCACGGAAUCAUGCACAGGGAUCUGAAGCCCCAAAACCUCCUCGUUGAUUGGAAAAAGGGCCUCUUAAAAAUUGCGGAUUUAGGACUAGGAAGGGCUUUCACUGUCCCAAUGAAGAGCUAUACCCAUGAGGUUGUUACACUAUGGUAUCGUGCUCCUGAAAUUCUGCUGGGAGCCUCACAUUAUUCAACGCCCGUGGACAUGUGGUCUGUAGGAUGUGUAUUUGCUGAGCUGUGUCGGAAGUCGCCUCUAUUUCCAGGAAAUUCUGAACUUCAGCAACUUCUCUUCAUUUUUCGGUUGUUGGGAACGCCAAAUGAGCAAAUAUGGCCAGGUGUAACUACUCUGCGGAACUGGCAUUCUUACCCGCAGUGGAAGCCUCACGAGAUUGCACAAGCUGUGCCAAGAGUCGAACGAAGUGGUGUCGAUCUCCUCGAUGUUUUGAUUUGCAGCGCUUGUUGCAAUACAACCCAGCGAAUCGAAUUUCAGCUAAGGAAGCUCUAGUCCACCCCUAUUUUGACAGCCUUGACAAAUCACAGUUUUGAGUGUUUGUCAUCAGUCUCAGUUUAGCCAUUUUUUGAAUCACGAAACCCCAUUCUUUGCAUGCGGAGGGAUUAAUCAUCGAAUCUUAGAUUUAGGCUCGGUUGUAUGAGCCCACUACAUCACUGGAUCUUACAGCUGUGGCCUAGGUAAUUCAGAAAGAUCCCAUCAUCAUCAAUAACCGUAUCCUCUACACACAGAGAAUUCGAUUGUAUCAUAAUUCUAUAAAAAAAUUCCAUGAUCAGUAAGUUAGGCAGUAGUGGACGUGUAGAGAUUUAGAUUGUUCACACGCGACUUACGCAUUCUUACCACUAUGAUUCGAAAGUGGUUUAAUUAUUUAAUUCAAAGAUGUACUCACCGGUUCUGAAUAUCUUAAUGGAAAUUUCACUGCCUUCAUCGCAGCCUGCAUGAAUAUUUCAAUGCAUCUUGGCACCUCAA